UUCAACGAAUUUAACAGUGUUCUGUUCCUCUCUUUCGAUUUUUUUUUCUUUUAAUUUUGAAAUUUUCUGUUCUCUUUUCUUUGGGAUGGAUUUGGAGAGAGGUUUUGUUUCGAGUUCGUCAGCUUCGACUUCGGAAGAUGCGGCGGAGGAUGCAGAGGCGGUGGCGACGGACCGGAUGGAGAUGGAGGCGGCGGAGAUAUUGGCAGCGUUGGCUCAUUCGAAGAAGCGGGAUGCUGUUGCUGUCGCCGCCGAAUUUUCCGCCAAAUGGGGAUGCAAAGGGAAGCGAGUGAGGAAGCGAGUCAGUAGAAGCGAGUCACCGCAUUCUGACACCAGUUUGAACCCUGUUGGCUCGGUUCAAUCGGGUUCCGAUCUCGCUGAGCAGGAUCGAGCUACAGUAGGCCAGCAGAAAGUUCAAGUGACAAGCACAACUGUAGUUAUUGAAUCUGUAGAAGCUGAGCAGAAUGCUGAGUUGCUUAACACGAGUCAUCCUUGCACUGCAAGAUAUACAUCCAAUGGGGUGGUGAGGUCGAGAGAGAAUGUAACAGAGGCAGAUAGCUUCUUUGAUUUAGUGUUGUGCUUUGUAAAUCCCCUAUUUUUGACUGAAUGUUCUUUUGAUCAGGCUGAAAAAGAAACAUGUAGAUUGCAUGGAAUGUUAACAAAUAAGGAGUCAGAUUGGCAGAUGAUUCAUGAAAGGCAGAUAUUAUUCAGCAUGGUGGGAAUGCGUGAGAAAGAUAUUUGGAAGGAUAGGCAGCAGGAUCAAAUAACAGGCAACAAUGUACUUAUAAAAUCAGUGAAGGCAGAGCAGAAUGCUCUGUCGGUCAAAUCAAGUCCUACAUGUUCCAUAAAGUACAUAUCAUGUGGCAGGGGGAGGUCAAGUCAGAAUUUAACCGAGGCUGAGAAGGAAACACGGAGAUUACAUAGAAUAUUAGCAAACAGGGAAUCAGCUAGGCAGACAAUUCGGCGAAGGCAGGCUCUCUGUGAAAAAUUGACCCUAAAAGUUGCCGAUUUAACACGGGAGAAUGAAAAUUUGAAGAGGGCAAAAGAAUUGGCCCUGAAAGAGUGUCAGUUUCAAGAGAGCACCAAUAAGCACCUGAAGACAGAGAUGGCUAAGGCAAUAAAACCUGAGGAAGGGAAAAGUCCUGGAGAAGUUAAGUUAGCCCGUCAGAUUUCUGGUCCAUGUAGAAACUAUCCAUUUUUCUUUUAUAACCAACAUCCUUUCCCCCCUUUCUGUUGGCCUUCCGUUGUUCGGUCUUCACAUCCCUUUCAAUCACAGUGUGGGCACCAAGGCAUUUUUGCUCCACCAGGCAUUUCCACACCAAAUAAUGGUAGGCUUGAUUCAUCUCAUGAUCAAGAAAAUCCCAUAAACAUUAAUGGCCCCAGAACUCCUUUAUAUGUAGUGCCUUACCCUUGGUUCUUUUCUCUUCCUGAUCAUCGGAAUGGACUGCAUCCUCAGCCUUCUUGUUGCCCAAAAGAUGUCAAAGAUGAAAGUUCUGUUAAUAAUCAAUUUAGUGCUGGGUGUUCUUUGAAAUCAGUUGUGCACGAGGAGAAGUAUAAUUCCUCUUUAUCAAUAGAAGUUGAAAAAGAGGCUUAUGGCUCAAUUGAAGCCAGUCCUAGUAAACUGAAUUGUACUCCAGUCAGGCUUCCUCCAGAUGGUGGCGGUCAGUGUAUGGGAUUCAAUAUUAAAGAAGAGGUCCUUGUGCCUGCACCUGUGUGUUCUGCAGGGACUACAUUUGUUGUUGAACGGGAGAAUACACCAGAUCAUGGUGUCAAUACUGAAUCGGCUCCUAUAAGAGCAUGUCACUGUGUAGGUGCUUUGCCGGAGGAGAAUCAAGAAUCAACAAAUUAUACAAGUAAGAAAGUACUGGACGCAGUGGCUGCUGCUGAGGCAAGAAAGAGGAGGAAAGAACUUACAAAACUAAAGAACCUGCAUGGCCGACAAUGUUGGCUACAUCGUUGAGCUUAUCAGCAAAAAUUUGGACUUUUGUUGUUACUAAAAUGAGCCCUAGAAGAUUUUACCCCUGCAGAAAUAAAAAUUCAAAAGCAGAGAGAAGGCCUUCAAAGGGAGAAAGCCAAAAGCGUGGUUGCAUGCACAUCUCUAAGCCAAUUUUCAAGGCUAGAUGCAUUUUUCUCCAUGCUUUUCUUUUUUUCCUUUUUGGGUGCAAGAUAUAAGAACAGAGAUUCAUUGUCCUGCUUAUUGUCUUUAUUUAGCUUAACAGACUGAAUAAUCUCCCCUUUUUUUUUUUUUUUGGGGUUAAGCGGCAGAUUUAGAUGGGAGAUGUGUACCUUUUUUCCUAUUCCAUACGCUUAACCUGAACAGGGCUGCUAAAGAGUUUGCAUUAGUUGAAAAUGUUGAUAUUUUGUAAAAUAUGCUGCAAGUUUGUCAUCCUC